AUGCUAUGCGCCUCCUUGAUAUGCGCAGUCCUGCUCGUGAUUGACGUGAUCACAGCAGCGCCAACAAGACAACUCGAAACCUCGGACAACAAGGAAACGCUGCAGUUGUUGAACACGACAGGCGAUGACGGCGAUUUCGAGGCGUAUCAGAAAAGGUUGAACGAUCAGAUCCUCAAGACACGUGACUUUUUCAUCAAACUAGCACAACAGCAAAGAAAAUCCCCAGGUUACGCGGACUUUGUGGCAAGUCCGUUGAUUGAAAAUGAGGCGGAUUGUCCUGAUUUCCUCCGUGCAAUGGGCGAGUGU